CCAAGCUCCAGAACAUCAACUUUCUUAAAAGAUAUCCUUCCAUCGAUCAACAACAGUACCUAGUAUUCGCCAACAUGGAGGGCCUCUUUUUCAACGUUAACAAUGGUUACAUCGAAGGCAUUGUACGGGGGUACAGGAAUGGCCUUCUGAAUGGUGCUAACUAUAAUAACCUGACGCAAUGCGAGACCAUCGACGAUCUCAAGUUGCAACUCGGUCCUGCUUACGGCGAUUUCCUCGCAUCUCUCCCUCCCAAUCCGUCCACUUCCAGUCUCGCCGCCAAAACAACUGACAAGCUCGUCUCCGAAUUCCGCUACGUCCGCGCAAACGCUGUCGGAUCUCUCGCGCAGUUCUGCGACUACCUAACAUAUGGCUACAUGAUUGAUAACGUAGCUCUUCUCAUCACCGGUACCCUCCACGAACGAGAUACCCGCGAGCUGUUGGACCGAUGUCAUCCUCUCGGCUGGUUCGAGACGAUGCCCGUUCUCUGCGUGGCUACUAACAUCGAAGAACUAUACAACAGCGUGCUGAUAGAGACGCCCCUAGCUCCCUACUUCAAGAAUAGCUUGAGCCACCAAGAUCUGGACGAGUUGAACAUCGAAAUCGUACGGAACACGCUGUACAAAAACUACCUCGAGGACUUCUACAACUUCGUCAACACUCACCCAGAUAUGACCGGCACCCCCACAUCCGAAGUUAUGAGCGAGAUCCUGGAGUUCGAAGCCGACAGACGAGCCAUCAACAUCACCCUUAACUCCUUCGGCACCGAGCUGAGCAAGGCGGACCGUAAGAAGUUAUACCCGAACUUUGGCAAACUCUAUCCCGAGGGUACGCUGAUGCUGUCGAGGGCGGAUGAUUUUGAGGGUGUAAGAUUGGCAGUCGACGGCGUUCCUGAUUACAAGAAUUUCUUGGAGGCUGCAGGGUUGGGUGGUGGACCAUCAGGACCAGGUAACAUGGCUGGCGGGUCUGGCGGCAACGAGAAAAGCUUGGAAGACAUGUUUUACCAGAAGGAGAUGGAGAUUUCGAAGAGGGCCUUCACGAGACAAUUCACAUAUGCCAUCGUGUAUGCAUGGGUAAAACUUAGAGAGCAGGAAAUCCGCAACAUCACGUGGAUCGCCGAGUGCAUAGCACAGAACCAGAAGGACAGGAUCAACAACUACAUCAGCGUAUUCUAAUUUCUCGCAUGCGCUUUUACGAUUACCCUUCGCUCUCUUCGAAACUGUAGAACUAAUGGACGGGAUACCAAGGAAAUAGCGUUCAAAGCUGCGAUUGUCACGGGAUCUUUCUUUUCUUUUUUUUUUCUGGGUUUUUUUUUUCUCAAUGGCGCUAGGCUGAUGGACAGACAGUUAGAGCUCUCGCGCAUCUCGAAUGGCUGGCUGCUGGUGUUUGUUGUAUUGUACAUAAACACAU